UGCAACAUGAAUCUGUUGAAUUUAGCCAAAAAGGGGGGGGGGGCGUUGAUGAAGAAAGAAGCGGCGAAUCUAUCCAGUAUGAUAAUAUUGCAUGAGAGGGGAAGCGGGCUGGGGUGGGAUGAUGAUGCAGCCCACUGAGGAAGGAAGGAAGUCAGGAAGGAAAGCAGCAGCACUAGUAGUGCCGCACCACUCCACUCCAGUUCGUCCAAGCUCAGCAGACGAAGAAGAAGAAAAGAAUCUCUUUCCCUCUCUCUCACACUCUCACUCUCAUCCCAGUGUCCAGGACGACGACCACAACAAUAGUAUCCAAAACGGUGAUUGUGCACUGCUGCUCCUCCCUUCGGAUGAUGGUGGCGAUGAUGCAACAGCAGCAGCAUCGAAGUGGGCGGAGGAGGAGGUCGGGUGGGGGGAGCAGCGGAGGAGUCAAGUUGCAGCAGGGCCUGGCUUGAAGUCACCAGCAGCCCCGCCCCCCGGCAUCUGGGGGGGCCAGGGCGUAUGGAGGGCGCGCUCGACAACAGCCUGCCAGCCUAGAGAUUCUGCCGAACUCCACCAUUCAGACACACCAUUCAAUGCCCGUCGAGGACGCACUGCUGAACUGCCGUCGGCCGGCCCCCGCACCAUCCAUCAGCUGGAAUCUGUGGCGCGUCGCAGACAUCUCCCUGCCGAUUCUCUCGUGAUGGUACGGCUACGUGUUACUAAUGCCCAACGACGAACUCGAUGGCAAUAAUUGGAAAAACUGAAGAGCUUGAACACGGAUUUCUCACGCCUGGGUUUCCGACGAGUGACAAGUUCACAGACGAAAAUUCUGUCUGCGAGAUCAGACUAGAUCCGAAUCAGGAUGGAACCGGUGUUUGGAGCGAUGCCGCAGUGAAGGUGGCGAUGUGAGCGGACCGUGUAGAUAUGUUGAGCCUGGGGUUCCUGAUGCUAUUUCCCGGGACGUAGCUCGUGAAUGACUGUUUGAGUUGCAGGGCCAGAUUUCUUUUGAUGAGGAAUGGAGCCCAUCGCGCUUGUCUAACCAUUCUCUGCGACAGAACUUGUACAGUUUGAAGAAAAAAGUAGUACAGGCUUGACCUUUAGAGAGAGACUGGAAAAGCCGGAAUUUCGUUUUUCCCAGCUCGGUCGAGACGAUCAGCCAGAUCCUCGCUUGCUUUCCUGCGCUUUCUUGCUUGCGCGCAAUCUCGACCCGACAUCUUGGACAUCUUAUUUGCGCUUGAAAAAUCGCUGCCAUUGGGUUUAGCAGACUGACGUUGCGAUUAGUUCCAGGUGGUCGUGCGAUAAGGGAGGCUAACCGUUUCCGUCCCUUUGAUUCCUGGAAAUCCGGGGGGAUACGAGCGUAGGGGUCGCAAGAGGUGUCGCACCAGAGUUGAUGAGCUGGUGACGAGGGAGGCCGCGUGUAGAGAGCCAGCGGGCAAGGAAUCGGAGAAAGGGAGUGCCUGGAAGUGGGCUUCGGGGUACUUUUCAACAACAGCUCGGAUUGCAGGACUGUGGGUUCUGUCGUGUCGUGUUCGUCGUCUGAGCUUGUUGCGUUUCACUCAGGAGUUGGAAUUUUGGGAGAAGAAGCGGAAGACAGGGGGAGUGGAAAGAUGAAUCCUUCAGGAGUUCUGAGUUUGGAAGCUGUUCGAUUUUGUUCAUCUCUAUAGUCGCGCAUGAAUUUGCAGGAAGGAAUCGUUCGGGUAGGGGUCCGUCUCUGUUGGCAGUGACGGUGGGUUAGCAGCUAGGUUUGCAUGCCACCAUCUGGUUCCCAGCGUUGUGGAUUCAUUGCAGUAUUAGCUGAAUCCAGAACAGAUGAAGUGAUUAUGCGAGUAGACUUAAUUUAUCGAGAGGAUUUCAUUCAGCUGGUGCACAUCCAAGUCGAACGUCAGGGGUAGAGGCAUUCAGGUUUGCCAGGCAGACAUUAUACCUUCACCUUAUUCUUGUCUCUACACAAUACCGGGCGUCUCGCGUUGUCGGGAGGAGCGAAAGGGUUCCUUUCUUGUGUCUGUAAGACUGGAAUUUCACCCAUUCUGACAGGUCAAGCUUGCGAGAAUUUAGGGUAAGAAUCGCCGAGGCUAUUAUCCAGGCGGGUCUCGUAGGAAUUCGGCCUCAAAUAACGUCGCCAUCAUGUCGGAAGACGGAACUAAGGCUGAUACAUGACCACCGAUCUGUAUUUCGUGACGUAAUCGUUCUGAGAGAUUAGCUCCUAGAUUUUUACCCCCAUGCCAAGCCUCCAAUGCCUACUCAAAUGCCACCCUUGCUCCCCACUUCAGCUGCGCGCCAACGAAGCCAUAGCAAUAGCAGCAGCCCACUAGCAUCACCAGGGAUGUUGCAAUCCUUGCCACCCCUCGGUGCGCAGUGUCCUUCUCAACUCUUUCUUCCAACCUCGGUUGGUGGAGUCCGGGGGAUUCAGCCUCUGGCGCGCGACGCCACUCCACCCGAGCAGCCAAACUACUACUCUGCCGUUCCGGGCGUCCGACCUUCCUCAUGGGAAACGUCGUCUCCCCAUGUAAUCACUUCUCCAUCCAUCACUGCCCAAUACCAUCCCCUCAACAUUAGUAAGUAUACACCGCCUCAUGUAGCAGCGCCAACCCUGCGUAACAUCCACCAUGGAUUGGCUUUUGUGACCUUGCAGGAGGGCUCGUUCCCAUCCUUCGAUAUUCCGUCUUUUCAUAAUCUCUCAGCAACUUAUGCCCAGCAGUGGCCCAGCACCAAUGGCCAGUGGGUCGUUACAGAAUCCUCCCAGUCGGCUGUGCCUUGGCCAUCGAGCACCAUAUCCAUGGGUGCGUCGAGCUCGUCAACUGGGGGCAGUACCGCUGCAGCUCACGCGCAGCUCAGUGCUCUUGUGCCGACAAAUAGCUGUGGCUUGAAUUUUCAUUGUCUUCGAGGGGGAGUUACUGCGGCAACGACUGAUGAGGGUAGAGGGUUUUCCAUAAUCGGAAGGGACGAUGGAACGGGGUCUGGUAUGCGAAUGGAAUUGCAGGAAAUAGGGUCUGGAAGAGGGGGUGAUUCUACAUCUUUAGAGCAGUAUGCUAAUUCUAGACUCGGCAUAACCCCUGAGAUUAAUGCUGCAAAUCUUUGCCAUCCUUUGCAGGUAUUACUUGAAGGAGCAUCUGAUCAGAGGAUACUCCGUGACAGCGAAGGGUCCUCACAGACAGCAGAGGCUUCAGUGAACAUUCCUGAAUGGCCGGAACCCAAUUGGAUGGAAAUUUUUACGGACCCCUACGAUGAGAGCGUGCCCCUGGAUACUAUUAAUGGGAGAGUAUUCCAAGCACCAGCAAAUUUACCUGCACCUCCUCCCCUCAUACCUGCAAGAGAUUUACGUACUGAUUGGCAACAUUCAGGUGCUGUUUCAGAAGGGAGUCCAGGCACUUCAGGGACUCCUACAUCAGUAGGAGCAUCGGUCGGAGCAUCAGUCGGAGUAUCAGCCAUUGCCUCAACUACAGCGUCAACCGAUGAAGCUGCUUCUGUCAAAACACGUCUACGAUGGACUCCAGAACUCCAUGAAAAGUUUGUUGAUGCUGUUGCUCAAUUGGGUGGACCUGAACGUGCAACACCCAAAGCUGUGCUGCGUAUCAUGAGCGUUGAAGGGAUUACCAUAUAUCAUGUCAAGAGCCAUCUACAGAAAUACAGACUUAUCCCUGAGACUUCUGAAGAUGCUAGAAAUGAUCGAAAACGAAAUGAUAGUUCAUUCGGCGGCAUGGAUAUUAACUCGUCAGUUUUCCGAAACUUUCAUAUUUCAAGGCGUAUUAGUCACGGAUUUUACUUUUCGACUGUAUGGCAAUAUGAAAAAAGACUCAGAUGUUGUGAUUCAUCUGCGUGGAGUUUGCAAAUGACUCAAGCCUUGCAGAUGCAGAUGGAGGUGCAGAAGCGAUUGCAUGAGCAAUUGGAGAUACAAAGGGAGCUUCAAUUGCGAAUUGAGGCUCAGGGGCAAAGCCUGAAGAUGAUGUUUGAAGCACAAACGAAGGCCUCUGGAGCUUUCGGCUCACACCCUGACCUCUCCAGCAUGGAACAUUCAGAGGGCGGGAGCGACGCACCCAAUAGUCAGGACGCACCAGCAGCACAAUCCUCUCAUCAAGUGCCUGAGACAUUAUCCUCUCCGCAGGAUGCAAGUGGGAGCUCUGCCUCGCAAGAACCAUCCACCAAACGAGCCCGAGUGGAUGUGGUUCCCAAUCCCAAUCUGAGAAUGCUUCACUCCAAAGAUACUACUACUGCUGCUACUCCCAAGACGGAGCUUCUUCAUAGUUGCUCUGCUCCUCCUCCUCCUCCUCCUCCGGAUCGGACAGCCUCUUGUGAAUCAUCCCCUCAAGGCAGCUCACCAUCACGGCUAGCUGAGGGCUUAUCUUCUUCUAGCCUAGCUGAUGGGACGCCACAGACCAUGGCCCCCAUGACUACUGAUCAGGGUGCUGGACUCACACCACAACGGCAUGGCACAACAUCACUACAGAGUUGCAUGCCGCAGCAAUCUGGCAGCAUGACUUUGACAUCCCUGCAAGCCUCCGUCUUGUAAAUGUUCAUUGUUUUCAUUAUCAUCUUUCUCUCUUGUAUAGCCCUUCGAGUAGUAUCCUGGUUGUCUCCCUUGAGCAUGAUAUCAACGAUUGUUAAUCUCUAUGGCAGGGGAUGGUGCCCAAACUACUCUGAUAAAACUCUAAAUGAAAAGGGUUCAAUGUUAUUGCCGCUGCUGAUGCAGGCAGACAUGGCUACAGUUUUGAACAGCAAUUGGUUGAUUCAGAAGGCAGCAUAUGAUGCCUUACGCUAAAUUCGAUUACAUGAUCGGCAGUUGCUCCUGUUCAGACAUUCUCGGAAUAAGAACCAGUGCUACCAUUGGAACCUUUCCAAGUGCA